GCCUGCACACACUCCAAAGCGAGAUGAGUGAUGGAGGCGACCCUGCUACUCCGCCACCGCCACCACCGCAGCAGCCACCACCACCGCUCCAGCAAACACCACCAGUGAAGAAGAAACUGGUGCUAGUGAUUGGAAUGGUAGUCGCGAUUCUGGCCGUGAUGGUGAGUGCGCUUGUCAAGGAUGACGAAGAAGGGCCGCUUGCAAUGCCGGCUGUGGUGCGCCAGCAUUUCCUGGGUGGCAAGUUUGUCAAGGUGGAGGUCGGGUGGAGGACGGUGAGAGUAUUCGCGACCACGUCGGACCCGGAUCAAGCUCAAGAGCUGGGCGAUGGAGCACCGGUGGUGGUGUUGCUCCACGGGAUGGGCAGCAGCUCUUUCAUCUACAGGAAAGUGCAGCCAUUGCUGGCGGCGGCGGGGUUUCGCGUCGUCGCCCUCGAUCUUCCAGGGUCCGGGCUGUCGGACAAGUUCACGCUCGAGGAAUGGAAGCGCGAGCUCGGGGGAUUGGAGUGGCUGGCGGCCGCCGCUCGGGCGGUGGUGAAGGAGAUCGCGGACAAGGGAUUCCUGUGGAGGUUGGAGCAGAUGUUCGAGACGGGUGCUCUUCCAGCUGCCGCCACUCGCGAUAUGCCCGCCGAGAAGGUUGAGAUUGUCAAGUGGCCCGUGGGAGGAGACACUCAAGAGCAGGCACAGGCUCUCGCCCAGCUCCUCCGCUCUCUCCUCCCGAUCCAAGAUCUGGAUCUCCAUCUGGUUGCCCAUGACACGGCCUCAGAGGUGGCGAGAGCUUACUCCGUUGCUACGGCUGCCUCGAGCAUGAGAGUGCGCAGCGUCACCAUUCUGGAUUCGUCUCCGGCGAGGCCGGCGCUGCCCGUCUUGUUGCUGGGCAGCCCGGGAGUGGGAUCUGCGUUGCUCCGCUCCACGCUCGCCUACGCGUGGCUCGUGAGGCGGUGCUGCAUGCCGACGCUGCCAGUGGACGUCGCCCGGGCUCACGCGUUCUUGCUCCGGCGCGGGAAUGGCAGAGCCGCGCUGCUGGAGAUGGCGAGGAUGGCCAACUCGAGCGUCACACCUUGGCGUGGUGCCGAUAUCGCAAUGCAGCUCUUGUGGGCUUGCGGCUGGUCCGAGCAGUGGAAAACGGAAGGAGAGCGGGCUUCACAGAUGCUGGCGCCGGGAUCUUUGUUUCGGUGUCACACCGGCAGCCGAUGGCCUCAGGAGGAUGUCCCUCAAGAAGUUGCCGAUGCGAUCAAGAAUCUGGUCUCGUCAACCAAGUCAAAGACGUGCUCCAUCCAAGCCGGAGAUCCCCAUGCAUGCACGACGGCCAACUAAACACGUAUAGAUAUCUUCUCCGUAUUGAAAGCGGUACCGAGCAAUGCUUGAGCUUGAACCAAUGGGGGAGCCUCAAAAGCUUGUAAGAAAGCUCGCUUGGGUGUUACACAUUCUUGUUCUUCUUCA